AUGGCGGUGAAUAGAUUGAGGGCGUCAUUCGGGACGCCGCGAAAGGGCGAGACCUUCGAGCUUAGAGCUGGACUCGUAUCCCAGUAUGCCUACGAACGAAAGGAAGCAAUACAGAAGACCAUAAUGUCCAUGACACUAGGAAAAGAUGUUUCAGCUUUAUUUCCAGAUGUCCUGAAGAACAUAGCUACUGCAGACCUGGAUCAGAAAAAGCUAGUCUAUCUCUACCUAAUGAAUUACGCAAAGUCGCAUCCGGAUCUUUGUAUAUUAGCCGUGAACACGUUUGUGCAAGACUCAGAAGACCCCAACCCCUUGGUACGUGCGCUAGCUAUUAGGACGAUGGGCUGCAUAAGGGUAGACAAAAUGGUGGAUUACAUGGAGGAGCCUCUAAGGAAGACCCUAAAGGACGAAAGUCCGUACGUGAGGAAGACCGCUGCAAUAUGCGUUGCCAAAUUGUUCGAUUUGAAUCCGGCGCUCUGUCUAGAGAAUGGUUUCCUUGAAACACUGCAAGAGUUGAUGGGUGACCCAAACCCUAUGGUUGUUGCGAACUGCGUAACGGCUUUGGCAGAGAUCAGUGAGGCAGCACCGGAGACGAAAGCUUUACAAGUAACACCACACUCGCUCAAGAAAAUGUUGAUGGCGCUGAACGAAUGCACCGAGUGGGGACGAGUGACAAUACUUUCUACCCUUGCAGAAUAUAAAGCCUCAGACGUGAAGGAAGCAGAGCAUGUUUGCGAAAGAGUCGCGCCCCAGUUUCAGCACGCCAACCCGAGUGUAGUUUUGGCUGCUGUAAAAGUAGUAUUUCUUCAUAUGCGCUAUAUCAACCAAGACGCUGCUAAGAAUUAUCUCAAAAAGAUGGCUCCUCCCUUAGUCACCCUCGUUUCCUCACCACCAGAAGUGCAAUAUGUAGCUCUUCGGAACAUCGACCUGCUCCUCCAGAAACAGCCGGAUAUCUUGAGCAAAGAGCUCCGCGUCUUCUUCUGCAAAUACAAUGACCCCUCCUACAUUAAGUUUCAAAAGCUUGAGAUUAUGGUUCGAAUUGCAAACGACAAGACGGUGGACCAACUGCUGGCGGAGCUAAAAGAAUACGCUCUCGAAGUAGACAUGGAUAUCGUCAAGCGUGCCGUCAAAGCGAUCGGACAAGUUGCGAUCAAAAUUGAGACGGCAACGGAAAGAUGCGUGAAUACGUUGCUCGAAUUGAUUAACACAAAAGUAAACUACGUCGUUCAGGAAGUAAUCGUAGUCAUCAAGGACAUACUCCGAAAGUAUCCGGGUUACGAAGGCAUAAUACCUGACCUCUGCAAAUGCAUAGAAGACCUUGAUGAGCCGAGUGCUCGGGGUUCUCUGAUCUGGAUUGUUGGCGAAUACGCUGAAAAGAUUAGUAACGCUGGCGACAUACUCUCGGGCUUCGUCGACGGCUUUAUUGAAGAAUUCACGCAGACACAGCUUCAGAUCCUUACGGCAGUAGUCAAAUUCUUCCUCAAACGCCCGCAACUCCCUCAGUCUCAAACCCUUGUCCAGAAAAUCUUUCAGUCCGCUACUGCCGAAAACGACAACCCCGACGUCAGGGAUCGAGCAUAUGUAUACUGGCGGCUCCUAUCUUCGAAUCCGCAGAUAGCGCAAAACAUCGUCCUCUCCGACAAACCACCAAUAACCACUACCAUUGAAUCACUUCCCCAACCCUUACUAGACAGAUUACUCACAGAACUCAGCACUCUCGCAAGUGUAUAUCACAAACCACCAGAAAGCUUCAUAGGCCAAGGACGAUACGGAGCCGAUGCUGUUCAGAAAGCCGCCAUAGAGGAGCAAAUGGAGAAUGCGCGUGAGAAUCCUCUGGCUGCUGCGGCUGCAGCAGCAGGCGUUUCAGGGGUGCCUCCCACGCAAGCAAAUGCAGAGAAUCUGCUCGAUAUUGAUUUCGAUGGUGCUGCACCAGCAUCAGCGCAGAAGGACCCAGCUGGAGGCAUGUCAGGGCUCGAAGGGCUAGCUGGAACGCCACAGCGGAUUGAAAGCCCUGCUGUCGUUGGCGCCGGACCGACAAAGCCACCGCCGAACGUCAUGGGUGGAAUCGAUGACUUAAUGGGCCUAGGCAAUGGUAUGGGCGGAGGAGGCAGCGGUGAUUCAAUGGGUAGCGGUGGUAUUAUGCAAAUGAAUGGUGCCGUACACGCAGGAGGAAUGACAAAUGAGGAUAUCCUCGGUGGCUUUGCUGCUAUGGAUUUGAAUGCGACAAGUCAGCCGCCGCCGCCGAAUCAACAACUCGCUGGUGGCAGUGCAGCAGGGGGAAAGAAGACGACUGAGGAUUUAUUGGGCCUGUUCUGA